GCGGACGGAGGUCACGGAGCCCGGCGGAGGAGGAGGACAUGGCCCGGGCCAACAUCUCGGUGACGGAGAGCCAGUUCCGGUGCCCCAUCUGCCUGGAGCUGCUGAAGGACCCGGUGUCCAUCCCCUGCGGACACACCUACUGCAUGGACUGCGUCAACAGCUACUGGGACCAGGCGGAGUCGGCCCAGCUCAGCUGCCCUCAGUGCCGGGAGACGUUCAGCCCUCGGCCGGUGCUCCGGAGGAACACGGUGCUCGCCGAGGUGGUGGACAAGCUCAAGCUGAGCGAGAUGGUGGCGGCGCCGCAGCUCUACCUGGUGGGGCUCGGGGAGGUGCCGUGCGACUUCUGCCCCGCGGAGGGGAGGCUGCGGGCGGUCAAGUCGUGCCUGGUGUGCCUGGCGUCCUUCUGCGAGCUGCACGUCCUGCCGCACCGGGAGGUCGGCACCCUGCGGCGGCACAAGCUGGUGGCGGCGCUGGAGUGCCCGGCGGAGCGGCUGUGCGCCCAGCACCGGCUCGGGCUGGAGCCCGCGGGCAGCGGCACCGAGGCGGAGUGGAGCGGGGACUGUCUGCUGUGCGAGGCCGAUCAGGAGGAGCUGCACGGGGGGGACUCUCAGAGAACCAGGAGACAGCUCCAGCUCCAGGAGUCUCAGCGGAUAUUUCAGGGGAGGAUUCGGAUCGGAGAGCGAGACAUAGAAGAGUUUCAACAGAGCUUAGAGUCCCUGAAGGUGUCAGCGUCGGCUGUGCUGGAGGACGGGGACGCUCUGUUUGCUGACAUGUCCGUUCGUCUGGAGAAGACUAAGGCUGAGAUUCGAGCGAGGCUGGAGGCCAAGGAGCGAGCGGUGGUGGGGCGGGCGGAGCGCGACAUCGAGAUGCUGGAGAAAGACGUGGAGGAGCUGAGGAGGAGAGACGAGGAGAUCAGUCAGCUGCUGCAAACGGUCGACAACACACACUUCCUGCAGGCGGCUCCUCUGCUGUGCGGCCCGGUCGCCACUGGUCGGCCCCCCAGAGCCCUCAGCCUGCCCACCCAGGCCUUCAGCGGCGCCCGGGGAGCGCUGUGCCACUUCCGCAGCCGGAUGGAGGAGCUCUGCAGGGAGGAGGUGGACAAGAUCAGCCGCGCAGUCAAUGAGAACUACGUGUCUGGUGGAGAGUUUGUAAAAGGUGGCAGAAAUCAGUGUGUGGAGAACAGCAAACCUCAGCACAUGCAACUACCUGCAGGUCCACAUGCCACCACAAGGGCAGUGCCCGUGUCAUUCUCUCUGUCCUCUUUGUCUCUCCAGCCGGCUGAUCAGAGGAUGAGGGCAGCUUUCCUCAGGUUUUCGUGUCGUCUGUCGUUGGAUCCAGACACAGCCCACCCGACUCUGAUUCUCCUGGAGGGGCCCCAGGGUGCCCACUGUGGCGAGGAGCCCCAGUCCUACCCCCCUCACCCGCAGCGCUUCGAUUCAGUGGCUCAGGUCCUGUGCAGGGAAGGCCAGUUUGGUGGUGCCAGUUACUGGGAGGUGGAGUGGAGGGGCGGGGGCUGGAUUGACAUCGGCGUCACUUAUCGAGGUAUCGGACGCAAAGGUGGCGGGAAGCCCUGCCUCUUAGGGCGCAACGAGAACUCCUGGCGGCUGAGGUGUACUCACGCCGGAUAUGCCGCCUGGCACGACAACCGUAAGACCACGGUGGCCGCGCCGCCCUGCCCCAGGAUCGGCGUGUUCCUGGAACGCCAGAAAGGAGUGUUAUCCUUCUACAGCGUGUCGGACACAGUGGUGCUUCUGUACACGUUCCGCUGCCUGUUCUCACAGCCGCUGUACCCGGCCUUCCGCCUGGACCUGGACUCCACCCUGCUCAUCUGCCCUCAUGAGCGAGGCAACGGAAACAUAACCUAGCGCUCCCUCCUGCCUCCUCCAGGAGCCUUCAUUUACUGGGACUCCUACAGAAAAGGGCUGUUCACUCUGCGUAUGGAUGUUACUCAAACUAGAGGGUUGGUGAAGUGGGAACAACAUCAGGAGGAAGUAUCACAGUCAGGAAUCAGACUUUCAUUCUCAUUUCUGUGUUUUGUGGCAAAACAGAUUUUUCUUUGAUGCAAAAUAUUCUUCUGUUGGAUGAGUUGAGCUGAGCUGUGAACACUGUAGCUGAUCUUUUUCACAAUAUGCCUUUUUCACAUCGUACGUUAUGACCUGUUCCUGCAUAGAACUUACUAAGGCUAAUUUAUGUUAAGGUAUCCCUGGAAGCCGUGGAAGUGUGACAUUAGCUGUGUCACAUCUCAGGGGCCACAUCCUUUCUGCAUUUGAAGACUGAUCACAUCACAGUAGUGCAACUAGGUUGAUCCAUUCAGUCGAUCCUUCUUGGGUCAGUUCAAGGAGUCAUUGCACAAGUUAGCAGUGCUGGUGACCAGACCGAAGUUAAUCUCAAGCUAACGACGCAACCGUAUGACGGAGACCAGCUGGUAAUACAAAUAGGGAACUAGACCAUCUAAUUUUGGUUCGGCCUUCGUGGUCUAUUUGGUCCACAAAGGCCUUCAAGUCCUUGAAGGAUGAGGCUGCUGAAUUGGGACAAAGCUAGUGAGGAGAUAGGUGAGAUAUCUGAACCCUGAAACUGAAACACCUUAUUGUAAACCAGCCAUCAUCUUCUGUACUAUUUACAUCCUGUCUUAUCCAAUUGGGACAUCUCCUGAGUAAGAGGCCUGAAAAGGUGCAUCACAUCCACUUCAAUGGUUUAGUACUAAAAAGUAUUCACCCCCUAUUUGUUUUUACAUUGUCUUGUCAUUGUGGUAAAAGAAACGAGCUGUAUUUAUGGAUAAUAUUUUCUAUCAUGUUUUUUAUUUACCUCAGUUAAACGAGUAUAGGCAACCUCAUGAAGGAAAAGUGGCUCAGCUUCAGAUUUAGAAAAUGUAAAUGUCAUAUUGUGGUGAAACGUUUUGCAUGAAUUAGAUAAGUACUUUAAUAUUUUGGAGAUUUGUUAAUUCAGUCCAGAUGUAUAGAUUGAUCAUGGAAGUACGCUAAUAAACUAGCAGCUGGUUAGCUUAGCUUAGCACAAAGACUAGAAAUAGAGGGAACCUGCUCGCAUUGCCCACGACUUCUUGUUUUCACAUUUGACGGUGACGUGUUUGUUAAUGGAUUUUACAGGUGCUGGCAGCAGGUUCCCUAUUUCCAGUCAUUAUGCUAAAGAACGCUAACAUACAGUAAUGGUGGCUUCAGAUUUAGAGUGGACUCUUGAGAAUGGUUUAGAUCUUUUUUUAUCUAAAACCCAGCAAGGAACCGAAGAAGCUUAAAAACCAAAUUGUUCCUUUCAAGCCACAUUUACAUUUCAGAUCUUCAUUCGCAAUUUCUGUACAGCAAACAAGCAACAGCUAGCAAAUGAUUAGCUUAGCACGAAGACUGGCCAGGCUUGUUCCAUGGAUAAUAAAAACCUUGACUCCACUUUAGCUUCAUCACUGUGAAAGUCAGUUAGCAUGAGGUGCUGGUAGCUUUUCAAGUCGGCUUAAAUUGUCGAGAGCAGUGAGGAGCUGUUCAGCUGCAACUGAACACUUCACCACUAGAUGUCCCUAAAUUCUACGCACUGAACCUUUAAUGCAAAAGAUUAUUUUUAGGAUAUGUUAACAUUGCAGGUCUUUAUUACCAAAUUCAGAUUCAGUGGUGCCUGUUUCUGAUAAGGUUUUAUAUUGUCUCCAUUGUGCUAAUGCUGGUGCAAUCGAAGCCAUUACACAUUUGACCUACGGUAAAUGAUUUAAAAUGUUAAUAGUCAUUGCAAAACUGGUGAAGACAUUUACUUUGUCCCAUUAUGUCAUAGUCUGAGCUGAGGGCUCAAGCCUGCCCCUCUGGAUGUCAGUCUGAACUGAGGGAUCAGACCUCCUCUUAAUGGUGCCUGUCAGUCUAAACUGAGGGAACAAACCUCCUCUUAGUGGUGCCUGUCAGUCUGAACUGAGGGAACAACUCUUCAUAUAAUAGUGCCUGUCAGUCUAAACUGAGGGAACAAACCUCCUCUUAAUGGUGCCUGUCAGUCUAAACUGAGGGAACAAACCUCUUAGUGGUGCCUGUUUCUGAUAAGGUUUUAUAUUGUCUCCAUUGUGCUAAUGCUGGUGCAAUCGAAGCCAUUACACAUUUGACCUACGGUAAAUGAUUUAAAAUGUUAAUAGUCAUUGCAAAACUGGUGAAGACAUUUACUUUGCAAGAGUCCAAAUUCAAUCCAGUCAAAUUUAAAUCAUGUAAUCAAUCACUUUUGAUUCUGUUAUAAACUUAUUUUUAUUAAUUCAUUUACAAAUGAUAAAAAGUAAUUUGGGAAAAUUUGUGACAUGCUGCAAAUUUAAUCUGUUAUCACAUUGUCAAUAGAACAUCAGGUGGGUUUUAAAUGUCAGGAAUCAAAUCAAGAACUUGAACAUUUUAAAUCUGUUUCUUUGAAUGUAGCAUCACAGCAGACAGGGAUGCACUUGGCGAGCUAAUUAUAACUUGAGUGCAAGAGUGGGCUUGUCUUCUGUCUGAAUGGAUGUCGUGUCCUCUGGCCACAGUUUUUUUUUUUCCAUUAGCUCCUUCUAUUUGAAUCUGUUCCAGAGGAUUGCGAUGAUUUGACCGAGCACUGUGUGGGGCCUUUAUAUCAGGAAUUAUAAAAAACAAACAAACACACAACACGAUUAUUUCAGUUACAUGUAACCUAUUAACUUUAUAUGCAUUUAUCGAAGGCAUGUUCAAAACAGCUAAAAUCAUAUUCAGAAAACCUGCUAUGUUACACAGUUUACUACAGCAAAUGUCAAAAUGUAUUACAGCAAUGCUACACAAGCAGGUGUAGAGAAUUCUGUUAAUGAAUUUACCGACCUCACUAUAACUGCCAGGUCAGUAACGUAAGGAAGAUAAGAAUAUUCUUUUUUUUUUGCCAUGAAGUGCAUUAUUCUACAAGCUGAAUGAUUGUACCAUUAAAUGAGCUGUCUCCUAUUUAACUUUAUCUCCUUGUAGCAUUUUCACCUCCUGUUAACACACUUUGCUGUUGUUCUUUAACGUGACUGUAAAAUAUGUUUAUUCGUCUCAGUGUCGCUUUUUCAAGAUGAGUUCAUUCAUCUUUUGCAAUAAACCGAUCCAGGUCUGAA